GUACAAGAUUCACAGGAACAGCAGCCUAAUGAUUCCGAAGUGGUUGAGAAAAACGAUGCAGCCGAAUCGAAAAUGGACUGUUCUACAGAAGACCCAAAGAAAAAUGCAGUCAUUCAUGGAUCCUACGAAUUUGAUGAGGUUGAUGUCGAACUUUAUGGGGAUGCGAUUCUUAAUCCGCCAUCGAAGUACCGGAAAAUCGACUCUUACACUUUUAAGGUAA